UGGGAAAUGAAAGAUUAAUUUUUAAUGCUCCUGAAUUCUGCUGUGCUGACAAUCACUUGCCACUCUGAAGUUCCUUGACCUUCUUGAAGGAGAAACUAUGAGCUGGGGAUUCCUGCGAGAUAUUCUAAGUGGUGUAAAUAAAUACUCAACAGAAAUUGGCAGAGUCUGGCUGGCUAUUGUGUUUAUAUUUCGCCUUCUUGUCUACGUUGUAGCUGCUGAACAUGUCUGGAAAGAUGAACAGAAGGAGUUUGAGUGUAACAUCAGACAACCUGGCUGUGAAAAUGUCUGCUUUGAUCAUUUCUUCCCAAUUUCCCAAGGCAGGCUUUGGGCCUUGCAACUGAUCAUGGUUUCUACGCCAUCACUUCUAGUUGUUCUCCAUGUCGCUUAUCGAGAAAGCAGGGAAAAGAGACACCAAACAAAACUGUAUAAGAAUUUGAAAAGUAUUGAUGGGGGAUUGCUCUGCACCUAUCUCAUCAGCCUCCUUUCCAAAACUGGAUUUGAAAUAGGUUUCCUCUAUUUGUUUUACAAGAUGUAUGGAGGAUUUGAUGUACCCCGCCUUGUGCAAUGUGACAGAAGUCCUUGUCCUAACACAGUUGAUUGCUACAUAUCCAAACCUACUGAGAAGAAAAUUUUCCUAUACAUUGUGGUGGUGACAUCCUGUUUGUGCAUAGCCUUAAAUAUAAUUGAAUUCAGCUACUUGAUUUUCAAAUACUCAGUCAAAUGCUGCUUCAGGAAUCACAUCAAGAAAGUCCGAAACUCCAAAAGUGAACAUAAAAAAACAAAUUCUAUGGCUCACAAUGGUACCACUUUGCCUCUUGACCAAGAUUCACCCAGUAUCCAAGGAGAUGAAAAAUAUUUGGGUCACUUCCAACUAUAACAAAUAAAAUAGCACUCAAUUUAUUUUGAUAAUUUUAACAAUAGAGCGGGGGUGUCAAACUCGCGUCGUCACGGAGUCGUCACAUGACAUAUCGUGACUUUUCCCCCUUCGCUAAACUGGGUGUGGGUGUGGCCGGUGCAUGAUGUAUCCAGCCUGCUGGCCAUGAGUUUGACACACUUGCAAUAAAGGUUCAGAUAAUAAGGGUCUAAUUAUUUUAACCAACAUGAUCCAUACUUAGUUUUUUCCACAUAUGUGUAAGGUUCAUGAAAUUUGCAUCUCUUGGAAUCUCCUUUUAAGGCAGGGGUAUCAAACUCGCAGCCCACGAGCUGGAUGUGUCACAUGCUGGCCAUCCCCACGCCUGAUUUAGUGAAGGGGAAAAAAGUCACGAUACAUCAUGUGACAACGCCGUGACGACACAAGUUUGACACCCCUGCCGUAAAACAUCAAGCAUUGAUGUUUAUGAUACAGAUAAUGCUAACUUAACUAUUGACAUUUUGGUGCAGUUCUUUCAAAACAUCUGUUUUCAUUCUUGAUUUUUUUUUUCAACCAAAGGGGUAGUAAUUUAACUUUCCCCAUUCUGGCAGUUACCAGAAAUCCAAGCUGACAAGACCAAAAGUAAUCACUAGAAACUUAGGAGUAGCAGGAAAAUUGCUGUAUUUUAUUAAGAGAAGUCUCCUUUAGAUUAUCAUGUCAGUAAAAACUAUGUCUAAUGAUGGGAACCUUAUUUUUUCACCCUUUUUUCCCAACAUGCAACAUUUUAGUUUGUUUAAAGACAUUUGAUUGGGUUAGUUUUCACUUAGUUUUCCUGCUGCAGUUAUUUAUUUUUUUCUGUGCAUUAUUAGCUGUGUAUAAUUUUAAAGUACUGUGUAAAGUGUGUGUGCCUUCUUUCCUGUCAUCUAUUCUUGUAAAUUCCUCCCCCUAUCAUGGCUUUACUGGGCUCUGUGUAUAAUUUAUUUAUCUGUUAGAUUUAAAGGCCACCCAACAUCAAAGAGAUUUUGGGUUUACAUUUUAAAAGAAUAGAAAAACAAUGAUAAAAUGCUCAUAUAUGUCCAGACAAGUUAUAAAAAAUAUACUAGACAGGAAUUCAGCAGUCACUCUAUCUCAACAAGGACCAGGAAAAACAGCCAAAUUCUAAAAGAUUUACAGAAUGUGAAGAUGGAAACCACAUAGAUCUCAUAUGUACUGUAUGGUGUUCCAAUGGGCAUAUGCCAGAAUUUAAGACAUUUUUUGGGGGUUGUCAGGAACUUGUUAUUUGCCUUACUAGUUUGCCACGCAAUAUAUAAACUAACUAUAUGUUUGUGGAAAGGCAUGAUAUUAAUUUAAGGCUGUGCUGCAUCAUGCAAGCAUCCUGAUUGGUUGAGCUCUAUAGCCAAUGUAUAAAAGGACUAUUAAAUUAUGGCUUGUGGGGAAUCUACAGGGAUGCUAUAGCAUUGUAAGCUGAAGACAUGCUGCAACUGUAUAUUUGAGCUUUAUGGUCGUUACUUGAUCAUGGCUAGUUACUGAUUCCUCAAGAUACUGACUGUUGUGAAUUGAAUUGUGUUUUACUGAACUGAAAGAAGACCUUGUUUGUUGUCCAAGUCUAUGUUGAUAAGAAGACUUUGUAGCAUCCCUGACUGGUUUUAUAUGUGUAUGACCUGGAAUUGUUUUUGGACUAUGACUUUGCCUUUUCCCUAAAAGUAAAGGAAUAUCAAACCCCAGUUUGUCUGCAAGUGACUGUUAUUGUAUACAACCAGUCUCAGUCAUUUUCAUGCGUAGGGUACUCUGCUCAAUAGUCCACAACCUUGGUUGUGAACCCAGAUUACCCUUAACAGGGGUCUCAACAGAUGCCACUGUUUAAUUGGUAGGUGAAACACAUCAAUUCUGCCUGCUCUUAAUUGACAGGCAUAAACCUGCUUUUGUAGGUGAUAAGCACUAGCAGCAUCUUGAAUUGUACUCAGACAUUUAUUGGCAACUAGUACAGCUUGCAGGAUAGUGAUAUGCAGAAAGACUGAGGCAUGCCAAUCAUUGCUUAUGCUACCGAGUUCUGGACCAGCUAAGUUCCAUGUGGUCUUCAAGAGCAGUCCCACAUACAGCAUAAUAGAGUAAUCCAACUAUGAGGUUAUUAGUCUGGAGACCCUCCUGAUCUGAGAAUGGAUGUAAUUAGUAUCAAAUCAUACCAGUGUAUAAGGGAUAAAGAAGCUAUGAUGGGAGUCAGAAAAGUAUUCUUAGAUGUUCAACAACAUCUGGAAGGUUCAUAGAUUCCCCCUUCCAAGCAUUAAAGGAAUUCUGUUAAAUUCCUAAUCUUAUGUCCUUACCAGUAAGACUAUUUGGUGAUUUCAAGAACAUGUGGUUUGACAAUUGUUCUUGCCAAAUCUUCUUUUUUUGGAGGACUUUCCAAUAUCACCUGGAGCCCAGGGCUUUCCUGAUGGUUUCCUCCAAGUCCUAAUGAAUUCUGACCCCUGUAACUUUUUAAGAUCGGCCAUAACUGACAAGGUGCUGCCAGUUAUAACACCAUAACAUUAAUUUAUUUAAGACCUGUAAUAGAAUAUAUUAUAAUAUAUACUAUAAAGCUGCUAUAUACUAUAUAUUAUAGUAUAUAGUAUAUAGCAGCUUUGUACUUCUUAUGUCAGAAUGCUAGAAUUCUAAUUAGUAUUAUAUUUCUCACAUGACCUGGGGUUUUCAAAAGAAGGGGAGGACAGUUCAGCAAUUGCCAUUAACAGCACUCUGCAGUUUGACAUGAUCUAAAGUAUGUUACUAUGGAAUAUCAAGCUGAGCUGGAAGUAAAUGACAUAUCCAAGGACACAUCAACCAAUG